AUGAACUCUCUCUCACACGAUCUGCUAGCACCUGUUUUAGGACUUUUAUCCCUGCUGCUGCUAUUUUAUCUAUGGAGCAGAAAAAGUAAGGGUAAGGGCAUAUCACCCCCUGAACCGGUAGGUGCUUGGCCUCUUAUAGGCCACCUGCACCUCCUAGGUGGUCAAACCCCGGUGGCUCGGGUUUUAGCAGCGUUGGCUGAUAAAUAUGGUCCCGUAUUUAUAAUUCGACUUGGGAUGCACCCUGCACUUAUAGUGAGCAACUGGGAAUCUGUUAAAGAGUGCUUCACCACUAAUGACAAGGCUUUCUGUAAAAGGCCAAGUUCUAGUGUAGGGAAAUACCUUGGUUACAAUGAUGCAGGCUUUGGUUUUGCUCACGGCCCGUAUUGGCGCGAGGUGAGAAAGUUAGUGCUGCUUCAAGUUCUGUCGAGUAGGAGACUAGAGGCAUUAAAACAUGUUCGAACUAUGGAGAUAGAGACGAGUAUCAAAGAGUUGUAUAGGGAAAUUAAUAGAGAUCAAAGACUCAUUGAUUCACAUGAAUACCAGGAAUUUGAUAGGCCAUCAAAAGAGGUAGUGAUGAGUGAGUGGUUUGAACACUUGAGCUUGAAUAUAAUUGUGAAAAUGAUUGCUGGAAAACGAUACGCAGGAACUGAAGAGGCUCGAUCAUUCAAAAAAGUCAUCAAGGAGUUUAUGUAUGUGUCGGGGCAGUUUGUUCUCUCAGAUGCUGUUCCAUUGCCACUUUUAAGCUGGAUAGACUUUCAGGGGCAUAUUAAGUCCAUGAAGAGAAUUUCAAAGGAAUUGAGUCUUAUUACUGAAAGCUGGAUUGAUGAACAUGUUAAGGGAAAUCUGAAGGGAGAGUUGGGGAAUGAACAAGAUUUCAUAGAUGUAAUGCUUUCUGCUAUUGAUGAUAAAUUUACAAAUUAUGGUCAUUCAAAGGAAACUAUAAUCAAGGCUACAAUACUGAACAUCAUCUUAGCAGGUUCUGAUACCACAUCUGUUCACUUGACAUGGAUCUUAUCUCUACUAGUAAACAACAGGGAAGUAAUGAAACGAGCCCAAGAAGAAAUCGAUGUUAAAGUUGGUAAAGAGAGAUGGGUAGACGAAUCCGACAUCAAGAACUUGGUCUACAUUCAGGCUAUUGUCAAAGAGACGUUGAGGUUAUUCCCACCAGGGCCCCUAGCAGUGCCUCAUGAAGCCAUGGAAGACUGUCAUGUGGGAGGUUACUUCAUCCCAAAAGGAACCCGGUUGUUGUUGAAUGUAUGGAAGUUACACCGAGAUCCACGUAUUUGGUCAGAGCCUGAUGAAUUUAUACCAGAGAGGUUUCUUACAAGCCAUGCAGAGGUAGAUUACCUAGGACAGCAUUUUGAGUUCACUCCGUUUGGCUCUGGCAGAAGAUCCUGCCCCGGGAUCACAUUUGCAAUGCAAGUGACACAUUUGACACUUGCUCAAUUGCUCCAAGGUUUUGAUUUCAAUACACCAUUAAACAAGCCAGUGGACAUGACUGAAGGCUUGAGUAUUACCUUGCCCAAAGCAGAUCCAUUACAACUGCUUGUUACUGCAAGAUUACCUUCUAAUUUCUAUGAAAACUAG